GCAGGGCCAUGUUACUGGUUUAGAAAUGUGCCUGCCCAUGUCUCUUUCUGCUGGAGAAGUAGCCCCAUUGGCGGGUACGUAACCACGCCCCAUCACUUUUGGUUUACAGAUGGAAAUCGGAACGCGCCCCCAGCAGAAAGCAAACCCGAAUCUGUAGGGAAGCAGGGGGAGCGAAGCCCCUUUUGCUACUCACCUGGACAGUUCUUCUUUGAAUACCUCGUCGUGGUUUCACUGAAGAAGAAAUCAGGGGGUGACUAUGAACCCACGAUAGCCUAUCAGUUCCCAAAGCGCGAGAACUUACUGCGGGGCCAGAAGGAGGAGGAAGAGAGGCUGCUCCAAGCCAUCCCCCUCUUCUGCUUCCCUGACGGCAAUCACUGGGCCCCCCUCACCGCAUACACCAGUGAAACCUUCUCCUUCGUCCUGACCAACGUGGACGGCAGCAGGAAGAUUGGCUACUGCAGGCGGCUGCAGCCUGCUGGCCGGGGCGCUCGGCUCCCAGAGGUCUUCUGCAUCAUCAGCUGCUUGGGCUGCUUCGGGUUGUUCUCCAAGAUCCUCGAUGAAGUGGAGAAGAGGCGGCAGAUCUCCAUGGCUGUCAUUUACCCCUUCAUGCAGGGCCUCCGUGAAUCCCCCUUCCCAGCCCCCGGGAAGACCGUCACCAUCAAAAGCUUCAUCCCCGACUCGGGAACGGAGCUCAUCGAGCUCACACGGCCCCUGGACUCCCGGCUGGAGCACGUGGAAUUUCAGGCCCUUUUGCAACUGCUCUGUCCGGAGAAGAUCCUUUGGCUGUUCGCCUCGGCGGUUCUGGAGCGACGCAUCAUCUUCCUGGCGGAGGAGCUCAGCGUCCUCUCCCAGUGCAUCCAUGCGGUGGCAGCGCUUCUGUACCCCUUCUCCUGGGCGCACACCUACAUCCCCGUGGUUCCGGAAUGCCUGAUCGAUACCGUCUGCUGCCCCACCCCCUUCAUGGUCGGAGUCCAGAAACGCUGCCUGGAGCAGGUUCUAGAUCAGCCCAUGGAGGAGGUGCUGCUGGUUGACUUGUGCCAAGGGAAGUUCUUAAAAUCGGUCGGCGACGAAGACAACAUCUUACCGGCCAAGCUGCAGAGCGAGAUGCUGACUUCUUUAAAGACGCACAACAGCAACAACAACGUACAGACAUCCGAGCAAGUGAACGCUCACGUCUCCAGCUGCUUCAUGCAAUUCUUCAUCAAAACCGUCGGCCAUUAUACCUCGCACCUCAAGUGGAAUAGGAGUGGCCAGGGAACUUUUGAGGAGAAGGCCUUCUGCAGAGCCAUUGCCUCCAGGUCCUGCCGCAAGUUUGUGAAAAGAUUUGUGCGGACUCAGAUGUUUUCCCUCUUUAUCCAGGAAGCCGAAAGGAGCAGGAUGGCCCAAGAAGGGUAUUUCCAGCAGAAAGUAACUGAAUAUCAAGAACAAAAGAAACGAAGAAAUUCUUGAAGAACUAUUGGCUUAGGCAGAUAACUGCCUGCAGCAAUAUUCUGGCCAGACUGGGUCAGCAUCUCACUCAUAGGCACAAAGCCUGGAGUUUGGCUAGCUCUGAGUGUCUCUGGAGCCUUGCCCCUCCUCCUGUGAAUGACGAGAUUAUCUGGUCCGCACAAGAUGCCAGUUCCUGCCCAGUCUCUUCUCUCUCAGGACAUGACUGCACUAGCACUGGCAGCCUCUUCUACAUAGCUAGCAAACAUGGGGGUGAUUUUUUUUCCAGGCCAACUGACACCAACGCCCAAGCUGCAGUUCUUAGUCAAAUGGCAGCGUAUGGUCCCGUAACUAGUUCUUACUAGAGGACAAUCAUGAAUCUUCAAUAGCAAGAGUGUGAAACUGAGGCAGGAUUGCCUGCUUGCUGUAUAAUGGCAACGUAUGUAGAAUAAUUUGAGAUAAAAAUUAAUAGUAAGAAAUAUUUGUAGAUCUUAUUUAAAAAAAAAAGUCUAAAUUUUCUAGCUGAGACGUAUUCUAUCCUGAAGGGCUCCCCCUCAACAACAAGAUGGUUUCAUGUUCUUUUUAUAACAAACGUUUUCAUUGUUCCAGAUUUGUAUGAGCUAAAAGACCUGAGUGUCACCUACUGGCUUAGGCACCGAUGACAACAGUGAGCUCAAAAUAAACAGCGUGAAGAGUGCAAACUAGGGUUUGGUGUGAAGUCGCGUCUUUGCAUUAGCUCCACUUGAAGAGACUGGGGGGGGAUGUGUGCGGUAGUGGGAUUAUGAGGCAUCUGCAGCUCAGAGAAGGGAGAUAGCAUUGUGAAAAUGCAGUGGUGCCUGCGGUCCUGAAAAGCUGUAUCCUAUCCUGGUUUGGCUGCUGAAUUUUGAAAUUUUUUCAGUUCGUCUUUUAGAGACUGCGCCAAGCUUAAUUAUGCCAGCCCCUCUCUCGUUAAGUGCAUUCGGGCAGGGAGCAUUGUACCAAAAUACCAGCUAGUGUUGUCUGCAGUGUUGACUGGCUAAGAGUGUUGCAUAAAAGGGAAAGUUUGCUGCUCUUUGGGGAAAACUGUCUGCUGGGAUGUGUUCAGUGAUGCCUCAAAUGACUGCCACCUUUAGACCCUAGAAAUUGCCCAGAUGUGCAUGAUACAAACAUGCUAAUAGCUCUGGGAACUUGUAAUGCCUAGGACCCUCAUUCAUAGAACAUGACCUCAUUGUACUAGGAGUGUACACUUAUUAUUAGGUGUAUUACAGUAGUUUAUAGAUGCCCCAGUCCUGGACUCCAUUGUGUUCCUUUCUCCUUGCCAUGUUCAUAGAAUCCUAGGGCUGGCAGGGAGCUCAGGAG